CUAUGGCUGAAGAUGUCUCUGGACUCUGAUAAGGUGUGUGGGCUGCUGUCCCGGGACUCCAGGACCUCCUGUGUCUUCCAGGCUGCAGACGAGAAGGAUGAUAUACCAGGGGUGGGGGAGGACAGGUAUGCUCCAAAACCCUGUACCUCCUCUCUCUCUCUCUCUCUCUCUCUACUGGAAGAUAGUCCAGAAACAGAGGGGUUUAUCAGCCAGUAAAUAUGGUAGAUAAUAUCCAGCUGACAUGACUGAAAUCUAAAAAAUCCCCCUUAAACUCUCUCUCUCUCUCUCUCUCUCUCUCUCUCUCUCUCUCUCUCUCUCUCUCUCUCUCUCUCUCUCUCUCUCUCUCUCUUUUUAUUUUCCCCUUCUCCUUCUAACUGUCUUUUCUCUCUCAGAUCACUCCAUUUAGUCCUACCUUUGCUUUCACACCAAAUUCUCGUAAUAUCUUUUCAGUUUGGGUGAAAUGUAUUUGUGCCUUUCUCCUAUCUCCCUGUUCAGUGUUCUGGAGAUGCUGAGCUAUUCUAAGUUCUCUGACCUGGAGACAUGGCUGUGCAUGCCCUCCACGCUGCUCCCCAGGGCCCUAGAGUCCACCCGCUCUACCUCCUCCUCAGGCUCCACCUCUACAGCACACCGCUCCACAUGCAGCGAGACUGGCGAGACAGACACACCACACAGGUACAUCAGACCUAGGUACAAAUGUCAAAUACUUUGA